AUGGCGCAGCGCUAUUUCCACGGACCGCUCAGGCCUCUGGCUAGAGUCGAGUGGCUGCAGGAGGCUGCAAGGGCUGAAGGUGGUGCUGCGGCCCGUUCAGCGACUGUGCCAAAUGAGAUGAUGCCAACGCGGCCGAAAUUCUCACCGCUUCCUGUGGCUGAGAGGAUUGACGAAGCUAUCGAGGCUGUUGUCUCAGAACACGAGACACCGCUCCAGCAAUGA